GUUUGAACGAAUUUAUGGAUAUUACCCCGCUUUGUUCUUUUUUCUCUUUCUCUUUGUUUUUUACACUUUCUUAUUUUUCUUUACUGUAUUACAAAUAUCGUGAGGAGGAAUAAGUUUCAUUUCGUAGAUGUAAUUAUCAUUAUCAAAAAUUUGAAUAUCGUUUUCUUGUUUUUAUUGACUAGUUUCGUUUUGCAGAGUUGAUAGAGGAUAUUGAAUUCGUGGUAGUGUUGAUUGUUGGUUAUUGAAAGACGAAUAUAAGGAGUUUGUAGAUUCCUUUAAUAUGUAACCUAUGAAGAAAAAUUCUGUAUUCUAAGUGGUGGUCUAUCUAGUGAGGUGGCAGCAAACAGGUGAAUGCUUCAUUUUGAGGCACUACACUUAACAUUGAGAAUAGUCAAAAGUUUCUACAUAGGUAGGGCGUAAGUAGAAGUCAUGGCUUCAGCUGGAACAGGGCGACAUAAUCGUCUUUGUACAAUACUUGUUCAGGUAGGAACACCCGUUUCAAAAGCAUUAUUCGAGAAAAGAGUCAUAGAUCUACGUCCUUCGGACCAAUCUCCUUCUACAUGGACAGUGACCCAGUUCUUACAAACAAACAGGGGCAAGAUAACAUCAUCAAAAAUAGGAAGGAACAAGAAAACGAUAAUCUAUUCUAUGAAACCAGAUGUUACAAAUCUUGAAAACUGGGAUCUGUACUUGAUCACUUCUAUGCUUAUAGAAUGCUGCCAACUCGAUUCAAACAUCAAACUUUACAUCGCCCAACUGCGGAAGUUACGCAAUAAACUGUUCCACAUGAGUGAAUCUACGAUCGACGAUGACAAGUAUGAGCAUUAUCUAACUAAACUUAAAGUGAUAUUUGAGAAAUGCCUAUCGGAAAUACAAGAUGUGAGUUUCUCGGAAACAAUCAACGGGAUGGUUAAAACUCUUGAAGAAGUGACCUUGAAACAGAAUGAUAUAGAUAAUGUGAUGGACAAAUUAAGAUCGAUGCAAGAAGAAACAAAUGACAGACUUUCCGAACUUGGUCAUGGACAGCAACUGACCAAUGCAAAACUAGACGUUGUAUUAGAGAGGAUACGGCUGCUAACAGAAAAUAAGCCAGCAUUAAAUACUCUUGGAGUGCCUGACUCCGGUGUGAAAAUAGCAAUAAAAAACUGCAGUAAAGAGAAGGAAAGCAACAUUUCUAAAGUUUUAGUAGAUAAUUUUGCCGACGUUAUUAAACGUGAUCCAGUACUCCACAAAGAAUUAUCGGAAAUAUCUACCGAGUCUCAACAAAAAAUCAAAGAGGCGGUAUAUACGACAUACGAAAUGUUUUCGUCCACUGGUUGUAAAAUUCUUGACGCAAACGAAGGAUGUGUUUGCCUCACUAUGCAAUGGUCGUCGCUGAUGCUGAUGAUAAAGUUUUACCAGGACUGUAUGACUGGAAAACUGAACGAAAGCUUACAUACACUGACAGAAGCUGUACGAACGCUGGAUGGCUGUGAAGAUGUCACACUGACCGCCGUAGUAGAUGUGGAUGCGUUUUGUGUUACUGCAGACAGCAUUGUGACAAUGAUUGAAGAAUUUCUCGCAGCUGAAAAAAUGGUCAUGCACCCAAAAAGCGAAGUCGAUGAGUACACGAAUUUCUGUGAAGGGGAUACAUCUGAAGAUUCAAAAGGGAUGACGCUGCGUUUCAGAAGUGAUCACUCCCAGAAUAUGGUGAUGCUUAAAAACCUUUUCGACUGCGUUGAUGUAGAUACCGCAAUGAAAACUCUUCAGGGAGCCGUUAGGAGUGGAUUUAAUGCUCCAGAUCUUUUAGUUACUGCACAUCUAAUUGAAGACUACAGUGAAAACAAACACGAAUCAGUGCAAUCAGCAUAUGAACAUCAAACAGCAGAUUUCAAUGAAGAUAAGGAUACUGCAGUGGCGCUACAAGAAGAAAAUGCUGAAUUUACAAGAAACAGGAAACAAAACAUAAAAUUAGGGACAGGUUACGGCAUCGACAAUUGGUUAAAUGAAGAGAAACAUUCGUCUCUGGAAAAACCGAAUCUUGUCAUUGCCCUAGAUAUCGGGAACUACGCAAGUGGGUUUGCUGCGUUGACGCGCUCAGACUUUCUCGAUGACCCUCAGAAAGUUAUUUGUAACACAAACUGUGAUUCCAGUGGAUUAUGUACAUACAAGACACGGACAUGCCUACUUCUUAAUCCUGACAAGAGCAUAGCGGACUUCGGAUAUCAUGCAGAAUCUAGAUUUAACUUGCUUAGAUUAGAAGAUGAAGAUGAAAAUCCAGAGAAUUGGUAUUUCUUCAAAGAAUUCAAAAUGGUACUUUAUCAAGAAGAGUUAAAAAAAUCUUCAGAUGAACACUUCUUUAUAAAUCUGCCUCAGACUCUACAAGACCUUUGUGAGAAAUUUCAAGGAAAGACUAUUACAGACAUCUUGAAAGGUGAAGGCCCCUACAGUUCUUUAAAGUUUGUGAGUGGACGCCUGUCAUUCCAUCCAGAUGUCAUGCGUAUGUUCUUCCGUGGAACUGUGAAAAAGGUUUUAGAUUAUGUUGGUGAUUUUAUGGAGAACUCGGAUCAUAACAAGAUCAAUAUCGAUUCAGUGAUUCUUACUGGAGGAUUUGCUGAAUCACAUUUUGUCGUUCAAAGUUUGAGGGAAGGUCUGAAAAAAUAUGAAAUCCCUGUCGUGAGACCAGAAUCUGCAGAAUUGGCUGUUUUGAACGGAGCUGUAAUAUUUGGACAUAAUGAGGGUAUCAUUGCAUCAAGAAUCAUGCCAUAUACAUACGGAAUUGCUAUGAUAACGGAAUAUGACAGGUUGAGGCACGACUUGAAAGAAACCUGUAGAAUAGACGGAAAGCUAUGGGCAAAAAACGUUUUCCAGAACUAUGUGACCAAAGGUCAAGAAGUUAAUCAUCAUGACGUGGUGUUUACCAAAGAAUACUACAUUGCCGACGAAAAACAGCAGUCAGCUACUGUCUUAGUGUAUUCUUCCGACAAGAAAGAUCCAAUUCACGUAACGGAUUCGGGUUGUAGGUUCAUUGGAAGCAUUGAAAUAGAUGAAUUAGCCGGUGAAUGCAAUCCAGAUGUGGAAACUGAACCAUGGGGAGGACAAAGAAUUGUUCAGGUUGCUUUGAGUUUUGUUGGAGUUGACGUGAAGGUCAAUGCUAUCAGUAAAAUUUUUGGAAAGGUGUACCAGAAAUGUCUAAAGAUAAAACAGAUAUAGCUGGUGUAUAAAAUUAUUUAAGUCGAAAUAAAAUCAGUGUACUCAAUAGUCAACACACACGUUGAUUAUGUUUCCUCCUAUUGCUAGGAAUUGCACAGUAAAGACGGGACAGUAUCCUAGCAGACUCUACAUUUAAAGAUGUGAUUACAUUUAUCUUAUUUAUGAUAAGUGUAUAUUGUAUACAAACACAUGGAACAUUUCAAUACUACUUAUGAUAUCAAGACUAUUCUUUUACAAGGCUCUUAAUUGCAGUGGGAAUUAGAUAUUAAGCGAUAAACAGGUUUUGAAUGCAACGUUUGCUUUUGUCGAAGGAGGAUGUGUUUAGGAUUCUGAUAAGCUUUCUGUAGCUUAAUGAUAUUAAGCCACACCUUCAUGUUAUUUACAGUGUAUGCUAUGUUCUUUGUUUGAGUAAGACUUCAGAUACACAGUUAAAUGUAUAUCUGUAUAUAGCGAAAUAAACUACACGAACGGAAGACAUGUAGUAAGAUUAACUCUAGUGGCCCCCCAAAAGUGGUUAAGUGCCCCCAUUUGAACAAAAAAUGCAAAGAGGGCCUCAUAUUGAUGCCAUAGACCAAGUGCGAUGAAGAUAUAUCAAGAAGUCAUUUACAGGUUUUUCUGCUUUUAGCGUUAGUGACUGCUAAAGGGGUCAAUGGCCCCUACUUUAACAAAUUCGAAAGAGGACUUAAAAUGAUGUUACAGACCAAGUGUGAUGGAGAUCAAUAAAGCAGUUCGUGAUGUGAAGGUGUUACUCUAGCAGCCUCUUAAAGGCAUCAAGCGAAAUCAUUUAUAGAGGACAUUUGAGUUUGCACGCAAACAUGCAUAAUUCAUGUUCGAUGCGUUGUUUUCUUACUCAUUUGACAAAUCAUACAACGCUGGUUAUUAUUAAUGACACUUUUGCAAAUCUACAAGGGGAACAUUAUAGUUUGAUUUAAUUUUAAUUUCAGUAGCUUACACUAAUAGUAGAAAUAUUUG